AUGCCUCAACUUGUCUGGCUCAUCACAGGCUGCUCGUCUGGACUCGGCGCCGAGUUUGUCCGCCAAAUCCUCUCACGCGGUGACAAAGUCGUUGCAACGGCCCGUGACAUUACGAGGAUCGAGCCAUUCGCUAGCCAAGGGGCAGCUAUACUCGAGUUAGAUGUCACCCACUCACAAGACGCCAUUGAACAAAUCAUUGCUCAAGCCAUUACUAUAUACGGGUGUAUAGAUGUUUUGGUGAACAACGCUGGUUAUGUAGCCGCUGGCUCGUGGGAGGAUCUCAACUAUCAUGACUUUCUUGCUUCCUUCGAGACCAAUGCUUUUGGUCCCCUGAAAGUGACACGCGCGAUUCUUCCGCAUCUGCGAGAGAGAAGGUCAGGAACAAUGGUGUUCAUUAGCUCCGUGGCUGGCUGGGUUGGCCACCAGUUCACCGGAGCUUAUGCAGGUUCUAAGUUUGCCCUUGAAGGCCCGUUUCAUCAGACAAACAGUCCACCCUGCCUUGUCCGACGUACUAACAAGAAAUCAGGCAUAGUCGAAAGCCUCCACAAGGAAACACAGCCUCUUGGUCUUCGCACUCUUCUGAUGGAACCUGGCCGAUUUCGAACUUCUCUCCUCUCAGUUACCAACCCCAAGUUCAAACAAAGCCAGAUUUCUGAUUACGAAACAGAAUCGGAAUCUCACGGAGACCAUCUCCAUGGCGAAGAUUUGGAGCAGCCAGGAAACCCCGAAAUGUUUGUCAGACUUGUCGUCGACCUGGUUAGACAGGAGGGGUGUGCAGAAGGAAAAACGAUCCCAUUCCGUUUGCCGGUUGGGAGAGAUGCUGUGGAAGAGAAUGGUUUUAAGCUACGUGAGACGACGGAUUUGUUGCGAGAGUGGAACGAUAUCAUCACGAGCACGGAUUACUAG